AUGGCCAUCUCCGUCAGGCUUAAUACGGCCUCUUCGUCCGGCCAUCAUCGCUUCUCUUCCUCGACCACCACCUUGUCCCCCGAAGCCCUGUCCGGAAGCAACAGCAGCUACCUCCAUCCUUCACGCGGCGACCCUCUGAGCUUCGACCUCUCGUACCAGGGCGGAGAAGAAGGAGACAUCGGCAUACGCUACCCCGACGGCGUCGACGACGACGACGAUGGACUCACCGACCUCAUCGACUUUCUGAGGAAUCACGUCCCGCCCCCGGGAAACUACAUGUCCAUGCCUGAGAACGCCCAGGACGAGAGGCGCCGGUGGCUGCUGAACUGGGCCACCAGGAUGGCCAAACGCCACGCCCCCCACGGCUCCAGUUCCGGUUCCGGCUUCGGCUCCGGCUUCGGCUUCGGCUUCGGCCCCCGUCGCCGGCCGCCGCGCAUCCUCCUCCCCGACACGGCCGUCUCGGGCACCACCAUCGGCGGCCACCGUCACAUAGCCAUCACCAUACCCUCCGAGGCCUUCCCCCUGCGCGACGACAGGCCGCGCUCCCAGUACCCCGUCUACCGCGGCGAGACCGACAGCGGCGACACGCCGCUCGUGUCCAGCCCCGUCCGCACCGUUGUCAACGACAAGGGCGUCGUCACCGUCCUCAAGACCGUCGACGAGGUCAACGAACCGCUGGGCUACCCGUCCGACCUCGUCCCUCGCCGCUCCCACAGCCAGUCCAUGUCCCUGCCCCCGUCGAGGGCCGGCCACUCCAGCGUCAACGGCUUCGUGCCGUCGCCUUCCUCCGUCCGUGCCGGGGCCUCCCCGCGUCCGGGAGGGGACGAUGCCGCGGCCGGGAACGGCAGCGGGCCCAGCCGCAUGCCCUCCAGGUCGAGCCAGACACCGGCCCAUCACCACCAGCAGCACCAGCAGCACCAGCAGCACUCGUCCAUCGAUGGCGUGCUCUCCCACCAGCAGCCCCAGAACGGCAACGGCAAGGCCAGGCAGACGCCCUCGCCCGGCCCCAAGAGCGACUGGUCGCUGGACGAGAGGGAAUGGUUCGCCAAGGUCCAGACCGUCGCCGCAGCCGCCGCCGCCAAGCCCAGGGAGGAUGGAGGCGGCGACAAGGACAAGGAUGUCAUCAGCAGCGAGUCGGGCGCCACCGUCAUGAGGGAGAAUCCCCUCGGACCGCGGGACCCCGAAGGAGCGGCUCUGUCGCGGAACGACUCGGUGCAGAGCCGACGGGCCCGCGUGCGCGAUCGCAAGAGGCGAGACAUCGAGGCUGCACGGGCAGACGGCAAGCAGAAGCAGCCCGGCGACGCUGCCUCCACCGUCGCCGCCACUGCCGCCCCUGCCACUGCCGCCUCUGCCUCUGCUGCUUCUGCUGCCACUACGCAGCCGGCCCUCAGCCCCAUCCGCACCGUGAUGGACAUCAGGCCGUCCCCCACCCCGUCGGAACCCACCCUGACGGACACGCCGUCGACCGACCGCGGCGCCUUUGCAGACGAGGAUGGCGGCGCCGGCCCCAAGGGUCACCGGCAACGCUCAAGCGUGGCGGACAGGUCAUCCCUUCAGCAUCGUCGGGAGCGGGACGCCGCCUCGUCGCGUCGCGAUCAGGACCAGCACCAGCAGCCCCAGCAGCGCAAGUCUACCACGACCACCACCACGGCCCCAUCAGCCCGGCAGUCGGCAGUCGACAGCAAGGGAGGGGACAACACGACGGAUUCCCGCCGCCACCAGCAGAACCUGGACAGGGAGAUCCUCAGGCUCUACGAGGCGUACAGGGAGCACCGCUUCCGCGACAUGGAGCGUCGCGUGCGCCGGCUCGAGCGCAACGGAGACGUGUGGUUGCGUGCUCUCGUCCCCGUGCUCGAGAAUCUCAACCGGGUCGGUCGGCCGGGAACAUCGACGACAUCGGCCGCCAUAGCAGCCGCGGCAUCGGCCGGGAAGGACUCGGACUACUACGAGUCCCCGCUUCAGCGGCAGCGUGCUCAGCAGAGGUACGACCUCGGCACCGGCAGGGCCCCGCCCGUGCGACGACCCACGACCUGCUCCGGGAGGAUCCCCGGCUUCGGGGCUCGUCCGGACGGAAUCAUCAGCAGCAACAACGGCGGCGACGACGAUGACGACGACGACGAAGAGGGUGACGGUGUGGAUGAUGACCACGACGCGUCGUUCAGGUGGCGCGACAGCACGGGGAGCAGCAGCAACAAUGAGAUGUCCGGCCUGGACACCAUAGAACCCCUCAUGAGGGAGCUGGCUGGUGCUGCCAAGCUGCGACAGAUGAAGACUGGACGAAGCGGGUUACUCUCGGCCUUUUGA